AUCUGCAGCUGAAGUAGUUUAAUCAUUCUUCAACCCUGGAGACCUCUGCUAUUUACAUUUUUUUUUUCAUUUAAAAGAUUUUUCCAGUCAAUGACUUGAUCUGGUCUUAGUAGCCGACGUCGUUUACGAAACAUUUAAUACUCUACUUAACUUGACUCUCUUACUACUAUUAGGCGUAGUAUAUAUGCUUAUAAUUUUAAGUAAAUAAUAAAGUUAAUAAUAGCCAAGGCCUUAUAAAUAUUAUAAAGUAAGUUAACUUAAAGUUAAAGGUACCUGAAUUUGACUUAUACGACUUAUUGACUUAUUAAAUUACAACUACAAUCACUACACUACAACUCAAUGAAAUUGAAAUAGGCUACUGAGACUGAACUAAUAAAUUAUAAAGACAAAGAUGAUAAAGACUAGUAGAGUAAUUUAAUAUUUGCCAAACAGUUGUUUCAUUUUAAAUGCUGGAAUUUGAAAAUCAAAUAUUUUUGGAUGCUUUUCACGAAGAUGGACUUCUCAUUAUGUCCAGGUAACCAAAAGUUUAAACUCAAAAAUGGUUUCUACACUUAAACUUAUUUUAUGAUACUUAUGAGUUAUGAGUCUUAUGUCCAUAUUGUUUGUUGUUAUUUAUUAACCCUCUGGAGACGGAGCCUUUUCGGGGUGUACACUGUAGGCUAUGUGCCAAAAAGACGGAGCACUUUUUACGAGCUCGACCUUCGCAUUGCAAAAAAAAUUAUAAAAAAUAAACUAUUCCCUUAAUAUGUGUAAAACUAUAUAUAUUCUUGUAGGAAAGUGAAUGAACUAAUACAAUCUUUAUGAAUCAAACUGAAAUAUCAAAAUUUAUGCAAAUGAGCUAUCCUUACUAGAAUAAUUUAUGCCUGUAUUUUUUUGUUACACCUAGAAUAAACUUGACUUACUUGUAUCAAUUGUGUGAAUUUUUUGAUGGAUGAAGCCUGAAUAAGUCCUAAUACUUAUUUUUUGGGGAAAAAGGCCCAUGAAGGCCCUUCAGACACCUCUGGCACAUGGUUCUACUCCUUUUCCACCCCCACCCCUUAUUUUCAGUUGUUACAGACACACUGUAACAGGCCCCCAUUUAUGACCUAGGGACCUUCUCUUAAGCUGGAUGUUCCUCAGUUGUCUGCAUAUCUAUUGGUCUCUCUCAUUAACACUUGAGUGAUAUUUAGUGUAAAAAAUAGCAUAAAGUACUCAAAUGGUGUGCUUAUGCCUUAUUUAUAGGACUUAUGUUGUCUAAAAAUUCAGAGGGGUCAUCUCUUUCCAUUUGAGGACCGCUAAUACUAAUACUAGUAAUACUAAACCAAAAGUUCACAACAUUAGCACUACCCUCAAUGUGAAAGUCUUUAUUUGGUUGUUUUCAUCAUUUUCAGUGUCAGAUUCACUGCAAGAAUAUAAAAAUUACUAAGCACAAUCAGAGUCACUGUCAGACAUGUUCGAAUUUCACGAUGUAACUAUACACAAAAAAAUUAAUUCCUGCACAUUAAUAUGUUGAGUUCACCUUCAACGAACGCCGCCAUUACAAUGCCGGGAUGUGCAGGAAUACGUAAGAAUAUAUUUGAUUUGCUGGUACAAGAAGGGGGCUAAAUCCCAUGAAAGCCCCCAUCUCUCCUGCGAGAGAUGCGGCCGUGAUUGCCAUUCAAGGAUUGGCCUAGUGAGCCACUCGUCAAAGUGUAGAACUAUAUAGCUACUCCAUCGUCUCACGUAGACGGAAGGAUGCCAUAAUCAAAAACCAUAAUAUUUGAUUUGCUGGUACAACGCCAUGCCAGCCAUUCGUGAGGCUCGAUUUAUCAGGCCGAUGGUUCGGACUUACGUCUUUCUGGCUAGUCAACCUUGGGCCGAUAGAUCGGCCCUUACGUCUCCAGAGGGUUAAUAUUUCUAACAUCAACAAUUCCCUUGCUUGGUAAGCAGUUGGUGGCUAAUCCUAGUUACGAUUGCCACGACUUAUUUUCCAGGGAUUGACUUCCCUUUGUUUAUUUUUACUAAAUUAUUAGGCAUUGGGAUCGAUUUAGGGUUCAGGUUAGGCAUAGGGAUAGAUGACUUCACGUGACGUGUUAACCAAGAUGGCGGCCAUUGAGAAAAUAGUGGCAAUCGUAGUCAAAAUUUACCCAGUUGCUUAAUUAUAGGGCAAUGGGCACUCCUCAAAAUAAAAAUGUAAUACUUUACAUAACAAUUUAGAAAGUGCGGCUAAUAGCCACCGAUAAUUAUUGACGUAAUUGUUUACAUCAAAUUUUGUUAGCUGACUAUUUAUUACUUGUAAUAAUAUAAAAUAAACAAUACCAUGGCCGGCAAACAGCAAGCGCCGGUUCAUAUUUCAAAUAAUGUUUUAUCAGAAACAUUCUACAAACUUAUGACACAGUGCGAAGGUACUACCGUGCUGUGUUCUUUGAUUAGUGGGCUUGCUGGACAGUAACUAAUAAGACAUUGUUGUUCGUCCGUCAGAAUCAACCAUGGAGUCAAUCCAGUUAGGGUGGAGGGUGGGUAACGGCGAGCUCGUAGGUGGCUUGCUAGACCAAUAAUAAUAAUUUCUGGCACCGCGGGUAGGGGAUAGUUGCUGCAGACAGUGACCUAAUGUUGCUCUUUCGGGCCAGCCUGCGUGUCUCAGCUGUGGUUUGCCUACUAGUUUCAUGGGAUUUAGCCCCCUUCUUAACAGCUGCUCUCCACCUGGUUCUGUCCUGGGCUCUCUGUACCCAUUGAGUAGGAUUGAUGCUGAAGGCCUUUAGUGGCGCUUUCAGUGAGUCUUUUAACCUUUUUUUUACCUCCUUGGGAGCGCUUGCCUAGCGUGAUUUCUCCGAAGAAUAUCUGUUUGGGAGCCAGUGGUCUUCCAUACGGGCUACAUGUCCAAUCCAACGGAUUUGAGACUGCAUCAGGGUGGUGAAGAUACUAGGUAGGUUCACUCUAGCGAGAACCUCUGUGUCAGGAACUUUGUCUUGCCACCUUAUGCCGAGGAGUUUCCUGUGCAUAUUUCUUCUUAUUUCCCUUGAGUUCAAAAUAAUUUUUAAUGAAGGAAUAGCACCUUCUGUAUUUUUGUCUUUAUAUCUGCCUUCAAACCUCCAUUGUUUACUAUCUAGUUGGUAAAAUUUUCUCCUAGUGCUCUCCCACUUUGCAUUUAUUCUCAUUACUUUUGUUUUGUUUUUAUUUAUUACAAGUGCAAUCUGUCUGGACUUUGAAUCAAGCUUUGCAGUUGUAUUUGUUUAUGGUUUUGGGAUAAUAGUGUGAUGUCAUCUGCAAAUUCCAGGGCUUCUUGUUGCUUAAAAAAGGUCCAUUGUAUUUCAUACAAAUUGUACUCUAUACCAUAGUAUUCAUUAUUUGCCAUGGACAGAGAUCAUUCAAUCAAUACUCCCUUACACACAUUGGCAUAAGCAUAAUUUUUGAUAAAUAAAGCAACUUCAUUGUAUCCCCACAAUUAUGCUGCAUUAUUCCUGACAUAGUCAAUGCUGCCAGUGUUAAAUGCUGCACAUCAUAUUUUAUGUGCAAAAUUAAUAUUUGUUAUAUAAUCUUGUAAUUUUGUAACAAAGACAUGAUGUCUGUGUGUAUAGAAAGAUUCAAAAUUAUUUUGCAAGCAGAUUUAAACAAUAAAUUUGAACCAUGGAAAACCCAAAUUAUAAUAAGAGUUCAUCAAAUCCAGCCAAGUCACCUUAUAAUUGAAUAAGAGCUCUGUAAUAAAGUAUGCACAGAGCUUUUUAAAAAAAUUUUGUGGAUAUUAAUAAAGAGAUUUUGUUACAGGGGGCUAGGAAUCAGCCAUCUAUUUACUGAGUUUUUAAAAGUUUACAGUGACCCAGCCAGUUUAGUCCUUGUUUUAAAUACAACACCAGCAGAUGAGGUAAGAGAAUAUUCUCAUACUAAUUUUAGUUAACAAUCAUGUAACUUUGCUGCAAAUGAAAUGCAGAUGUAGAGAAUGGAGUAAUAGUAAUGAAACAAUAUUUGUUUUAAAUAAUAUUGAAUUAAUGUCAACUUAAGUUGCUGUGACAUUUUAUUCUCAUACCGAUGUUGUAAAUUUUAGCUCUUUUGACUCAUAGAUUUGAAAAUUUGGCAUAACUUAAAGAUUUCUUCCUAAAGCAGUAAACCUUUUACAUUUUGCAGUCCUACUUUACAGAGGUGCUUGAAAAGCAAGGCAUCUCACAACCCCCAAAGAUUGUCACUAAUGAGAUCAGUGCAACAGAAAGGUAAUUUUAGUUUGAUAUUGUAAAGAAACCAAGUGUCACGCCUCGUUCCUCUAUCUCAGUGGUUCUCAACCUUCCUAGCGCAGCGACCCUUUAACACAGUUUCUCGUGUCGUGGUGACCCCCAGCCACAUAAUUAUUUCCGUUGCUAUUUCAUAGCUGUAAGGAUAUGUGUUUUCAGAUGGUCUUAGGCGACCCAUGGUUGAGAACUGCUGCUCUAUCUACUUUAUGUGGAUGGUUCACUCUGUCUCUCUUACUGCAACACUCAGGUAACAACCCGUUGACUGUUAGCCUUUCACUUUAUUUGAUCUGCUCGACAAUCAAGACCUUGGAACUCUGCUCUGACUGUCCCGGGUUACUGUCUUCUCAUGUCUAUCUUCUACUCCUGUCCAGUAGACCGUCCGGCUGUCCCUCCAUCCGGCUUAACUCUCUGUCCAACGUCGUCCUCCCCUCAGCUUCACUCUCUGACUUUGCUUUCUCGGCUUCACUUCUUAACUCCCCGACUUCUCCCUCUUAUAGGUCCACGAGCCGACCGACGUGUCUCUAGAGAUUACAUCCCAGUGCUAAUCUAAUGCCUAAUUAUUUUAGUGCCACCAUCACGCUUGUGCUAUUGUGUUUUUCCCUCACAGUGACCUCCGCUGUCUUCUAACGUCUUGAUUUAUCCUAGUGUGCUGUCAAACUCAUGCUUUUCUUGGAACGUGGCAUCUGUUGCAAUCUUAAGAGCGUGCUGAUUCGCCAGUCUUCUACUGUGCCCUGUGACCUCCCCUGCAUUCCACAUCUUGAUUUAUCUGGGGUCACUGUCCAAUUCGUGCUUUUUCGUUAGCUUGAAAUCUGCUACGCCUGUCAAUUAGCCAAACCCCCCGGGCUGAUCUCUUUAAAAUAUUUAUAAAGCCAACAUUUUUUUGUUCAUUUAGAAUAAAACCUUUGAUCUACUAAAUGUUUUACACUAGUUUAAUUUUAUUUAUAAAUAUCAUUCAUAAUAUUAUUAUUUGGAGUGCUGUUUAAUUAAUCCACACGCUUAAUAUCAUUUUGAAUUAUUAUCUACAGACAGUCAAUAUAUGUGCAAGGCGGAGUGCUUUUCAUUACAUCAAGGAUAUUGGUUGUAGAUCUCCUGACAGACAGAGUUCCAAUCGACCAUGUUACAGGCGUCAUUGUUUACAGAGCACACAAGUGAGUACAGUACAAUAUGUAAAAAUAUUAAAAUGUCCGGUAGUUAUAACAAAAAAAUAAAAAAUAUAUAUUUAAGUCUGUUGUAAAAAAACAGUAUUUUUAGGUUUUAAAAUUCUGCAAUUAUGUUUGUUUAAUUUAUAACAUAAUUUUAUAAAGUAUAAAUAUCAUUUCUAAAGGAUAAUUGAAUCUUGUCAAGAAGCAUUUAUUCUCCGGUUAUACAGACAAAAAAAUAAGGUAAAAAGAAAAUCAUUGCAACUACUUUUAAUUAAUCUUAUUAUUUCUUGAUUUUUGAACAAAUUUAUACUAAAAAUUCAUUUUUUCUCCUAACGGAGCUUUAUGCAGAAAUAAAUAAUCAAAGAAAUUAAUUAGGCAUUAAUCAAGAAACUGAAUUUAAAACGUUUUAAAUCUAGCCAUAUUAUUUUGUUACCAAUUUUUGUAGCAAGCAUUUUCUCAAAAUAUUAUGUGGUUGCUCACAAAUAAUCUAAGAACCAUUUGCUGUUAUAGACUGGCUUCAUUAAAGCCUUCACAGACAAUCCUGAAGCAUUUACAAGUGGCUUCUGCCAUGUGGAGAGAAUGAUGAAGAAUCUGUUUGUAAAGAAAUUAUUCUUGUGGCCUAGAUUUCAUGCAUCUGUAGUUUCCACAUUUAAACGACACAAGGUGAAAGUAACAUUUUUAAAUUAUUAGUAGCUGAAUGCUUAUAAAAUGUUAAAAUUUGUAGCUUAUCAGUUUGCAAUUGUGUAUUUUUCAUUCUUCUAUAUAGCUUGCAAUUUUGCCUUUUUUUUCUGGGUCAAAUCUUGCAAUAACUAUUUUUAAUCCUUUGCUGAUGUCCAGUUAAGCUGAAACUUGUACACUUACCCACCCCCCGACGACAAUAAAACCCUUUAUGAUCAGUAGGUCUCCAGUGAUCUCCACUGACCCUUGAGUGACCUUUGCGGAUGAAAUCUUGCAUCUUAAUUAUACCUACUUCCUCAUGUCCUGAAACUUUGAGAGUUAUUACGUUCAUAUGACUAAAAAGUGUCGGGCGCCACUUAAUAAUACAAUGAAGACAUAUGAAUUUCUCUGUCCAUUUGUUCGUUUGUGUGUGGUCAAAGCUUGCAUCUCAAUUUUGACACACUUUCUGAUCUCCAAUUUAACUGCAACAAAGAACAUUGAGUUCAUGGGAGGCCCAUGUAUUUUUAGUCACAUGACUGUAACAACUCUGAAUUUUUGGGGGACAUUCAUUUUAUAAUUUUCAGUACAAAUGUGAAAAACCAUGUUUUAAAAGUUUUGUUUUUUUAAAUUGUUUCAUUUGACAUUGAAGUCCUCUAAGAUUUUGAUUGUACAUGCCUAUAUCUGCCCAGAUGUAUUGCUUUAACAUUAAAAAAAAAUAAUAAUAAAGCAACUCUUUACAAUUUAAAUUUUUAUCAUCACCUAAAUAUCUUUUAAAAUUUAAAUGUUAAUAGUUAGUUAUUAUUGUGAUGCAUUGUGUAAACCAUUUUACCAAUAUUUCUGUUAUGUGAAGUUAUUCAACAUAAGCUGUCAUGACCACAUGGUUAUAAUCUGCUACCUACUUUUAUUUUCAUUAAAUUGAAGCCCAAACGUUUCUUACAGCUGCCUCUUCUGUAGGACAAUUUGUAAAUUUGUUUAGAGCAAUGAAAUAUACUUUAAUCUUUCAGUUAAGCUGCAAGUCAAAGCAUUAUUUGGAUAUAAUUUUUUACAUUUUUUAUUAUAUAUUAUAUAUUUGAUGUCAUAGGAAUAGAUACUCUUUAAAUGUGACAAAUAAAAUUAUGAUUUAUUCAUUUAUUUCUUUAACUGAUUAGGUUGAUGUGAUAGAAAUUCAUCAGACCAUGACCCCUGCCAUGACAGCCUGUCAAACAUUCCUUCUCGACCUCAUCAACGCUUGUAUCAAUGAAUUAAAACGCUCUAACACAAGUGUAAAUUUGAUUAUUUAUUUUCUAUUCAGCCUGUGCUAUGAAGGGUCUUCUAACAAUAAGACAUUAAUUGAACAAAACACAUUUAGGUUAACUCUUGAUAUUUUGUAAAUAAAUUAAUUUCCAAUAUAAAGGUUUUACAAAAGAGAGCUGCUAGCUAUUUUUAAUAACUCUUCUUUCUUUUUGUGAAUUUGAAAGGGGGAAAAGUUCACUUUGGAAAUGGAUCCAAAAUAUAUUUCCUAAAAACUAAAUGUUUUAAUUUAUGCUUACAACAGUAAAUACAGUUUUAAGAAAACUUUAUCACUUUAAAGAAUGUACAAGUGCAGGUUAGAAAUGUUUUCAUCACUCUAUAGAAUGCACAUGCUCGGGUUAGAAAUGUUUUUAUUUAAUAUGAACAGAUUGAUACUGAUGAGAUAACAGUUGAAAAUGCCUUGUCCAAGUCUUUUGAGAUGAUAAUAAGACUUCAGCUUGAGCCCAUCUGGCAUCUGCUCAGUGCUAGAACACGUCAACUUGUGGCUGAUUUGAAAACACUCAGGCUUAUACUCAGGUGGGUACUAGAGGGCUUCAAUAAACACACUUUAAUCUCUCGGUGAAGCAGCUGUUCUCACCCUUUUUGUUUUCAUGGACCCCUUUGUCACUAAGAUGGAAGCUACUGACCCCUUUCUUAGAUGCUAAUUGCAAAGGAAAUCCAAAUGCACUUUUUUUGUAAAUACUAUGAUGAUGUUAUCACUGGCGCACCCCUGCUCCCAAACCUCCAACCACACAAAAUAGUGAUGGUGAUUGCUUGAAAAUAUUAAUCAUUCUUUAUACAGACUUUUCAGCAGAGAGUCACAGCUUAAUUUUAAUUUUUGGUAUGUCCUUAGGCACCUAACACAGUAUGACUGUGUCACAUUUUUUAGUCUUGUGCAGUCUAUAAGGUAAAUAAAUGGAUGUUGUGUUGUUUAUAGUUCUUUUAUUCCUGGCUAUUAUACUUUUCAAUGUCUAACAAAAUGCUAGAAUGUUGAAAUUGAAACUUCCAUCAGAAAUCUUAUAUGUGUGAAGGUUUAAAAUUAUCAGUAGUACCUAUGAAGUUGAUGCCAAGACCAGGCAACGAUGAGCAUUGCGACCUAUGUUCAACUUCAGAUACUAUAAUCGAAAUCUAUUAUACAUGUUACCUUAAUUUUAAUUAUGUGCAUUAUUCAUACUCAGUUUAAAGAAAAUAAAAAACAAAGGUGACUUUUAUUUUUUAAAUUUUAUAUGCAUUAUUUUUAAAAGAAUUUUUAAGUAGAGUUCCCCCCUCCUUAAUUUUGAACAUCCAUCUACUUGUAGUUCUAGCAAUGGUUUUUUUCAAAAUUGUUGUUAUGGUUACCACUUACAUUACAGAGAAAGCGAAAGAGCAUUUGGACAAAACACUGGCUGGCUUUUUUUAGAUGCUGCAGAUAGUUUGUAUGUGGUAAGUUGAUAUGGUUGGUAAAAAAAAAGGCUUGUUCAAAGCCACUUAAUCCAAAUAAGCUUAGUGGUAAUCCUUUGUAUUAUCAUUUAAUGAAAGAUAGCUUAUGUAUCAAAUAUCAUAGAAAUAGAUAGAAAAAGAAUUCAACCUGUUUAAUUCCAGCAAGCCAAAGAGCGAGUUUAUGGGAAUGCUAAGUUCAGGGAAAAUAAAAAACAAAAAAAACAGAAAGAUAAAGAAGCAGAAGAAGAUACAGAUGAGGAUGAAGGUAAUUAACCAAUGUCAUUGAAUGAAGGUAAUCAACCAAUAUCAUUUUCAUUGGAAUAUAAAAAUUUCAGAAAAUCUAAAAACACCUAGCGUAUAUUUUAUCGCUUUAUCAGGAAUAGAUUUAUUUUAUAUGACUAAAUUCUGCUUCAGAUUGUGACAGAAUACAGGAUAGGACUAAGCGGAGAUGAACAAAAGAAAUCUAUAAUUACAUGGAGUUAGUCUUUUUAGAGUUCUUUGCAUGUUAAAAUGUUACUUUUUAAAUAUUAUAAAGCGAGUCAAGGCUUGGAAAAGUGUCCUAAAUGGCUGGCCUUGAGUGAAAUACUGGCUGAAAUAACCCAGGAGGAGGACACCUGUUGUGAGAUAAAUCCACCUGAAGAUGGCUCUAAUGACCCACUUCAACCAUCACAUCGAAUUCUCAUUUGUGCUGAAGAUGAUCGCACAUGCAAUCAAAUUAAAGAGGUCAGUGCCUUAAAGAAUUGCUUAAAACCAAAUAUAUUGGCAUUUUGGUGCAUAUUGAAUACAUUGUUGACAAAUAUAUUGCUAUUCAUAAGAAAUUUCUACAAUAUUAAAAUGUAUAAUAUUAUAUUUUAAAAUAGAUUAUAAACAUUUAAAUGAUAUAAAAUUAGAUUAUACAAUAUUAGAUUAAAAAGGCAUUAAAACUAGUUUUUUUUCGUGUAUUAUCAAUGAAAAAGAUACAUAAAUUCAAAUAAUUUUACAUUUUAUUACAAUUCAAAUUGCAUUUUUUUUUUUAAUAUGGCUGUUGAAUAUUCCUUCAUAUUUAUUAACACAUACUAGUCAUUUAAAAGUGCUUUACAAAAUUGAACACAUACCUUUUUAAAUAUCAGUUAACUUACUCAUUACAUGUAAUAAGUGGUUUUUGUCACGUUAAUUCUUCAGUAUCUUUGCCAAGGUGGAGAGGAGUUGAUGAACAGAUUAUUUAAGAAAUAUCUCAUGAUGAAAAAAGGCUCAAAACUGGACAGAGUAAGUUUUUCUUUGUUUAAUAACACCAUGGAAUGAAGCAUGGAGUUCAAACAAUUUUAAGCAUUACAAUUAAAUUAAGAUUACUAAAUGGUUACUGUUUUAUUCUUGUAUGUUUUUAAAGAAUGCUGGGGAUGUGCAAAUACAAGGCAAGAAUAAGGAGAAAGCACAAUGCAAGAAAUCUAAAGAUGACCCGGUGACCUUGACUUUGACUCAAAUGCUGAAAACUUCAAGGGGGGAUGACUCUGAAGAAGAUGAGAAAGUAACCUAUUAGCUUCAUGUCUCUGUCAACUAAGUCAAGUCAUUUAAUUUUGACAAUUGUAUUAGGCAAAUUUGUGAUCAACAGACCUGUUAACCCCUACGCUUUUGUAGUAGUUACUACUAGCAACUACGCUUUUAAGCCCAAGACUAUGGCACUACACCGAGCCCAAAAAUAAAACAAACUACAGUUUUGGUUAUUUUUUCGUUCGUUUGGUGUAUUAUAAAUAAAAAAUUAAAUAAUUGGAGUGUUUUCUGUAAAAAGUUAACGCAUUUUUUGUGUUGACACUGUAAUCAAUGGAAUGAGAAUAACAGUGAUUUAUUUGCCUUCGCGGUCUCAAUGUCAAUAAACCAACCAUAAUAUUUAACAUUUUGGCUGAUAUAACUUGUAUUUUGAUCGCACACCGGCGCGCACCCCCCCCCCCUUUUCCCGGCUAAUAGACCAAACUACUCUUUGUUUCUUGAAAAGAACUGAAACUACUCUGACACUAACCCUGGGGUAAACGAGUCUGGAUAAAAAUUAUCUCAUAUUUUCAACAAUAAACAAGAAUAUGUCAUAUUUUCAGUAUUUAAAUUUUUUUACAAUAAAAGUCUGCUUUUCAGAAGCUGUUUAAUAAUUGCAUUCAUCGAUAUAUUCUAGGACACAGCAGGAAAAAUGACCAGUUCAAAAGAUGCUUAUUUCGGCAUAGUAAAUUCACCAAUGACCAUCAUCCACCCGCUGCAUGGCUGCUCCGACCCACAUGGCUUGACCCGUACCUUAGAGGAGAUUCAGCCUAAAUACGUGGUGUUGUAUGAUGCAGACAUGAGUCUAGUGCGGCAGCUAGAGGUUAAUGUCUUUACUGGCCUUUUUUUUUUACUCCUCCGUCCUGACCUACCCUACAAGUUCAGUGUUUAUAUUUGAGCUCCAUAUUGGUUUGUUUGUUAACAGUUAAAAUGAAAUGAUCAGCCUGCAGUCUACAUCCACAUGAUUGUAUUGCAGGUUUUUAAAGCAAAACGACCUGGCAAGCCCUUGAGGGUCUAUUUCUUGAUGUAUAAGGGAUCAGUAGAGGAGCAGAGGUAUCUGACAACACUUCGUAAAGAGAAAGAAGCUUUUGAGUAUCUAAUCAGAGAGAAAGCUGUAAGUAAUCAAUAAUGUUAUUAACUUGUUCCAAAUAGAAUAUAAAUAGGAAGGAAAGAUCAUUAAUUGUGUUUUUGCUCGAAUCUAAUGUUUCAGUUUAAAGAAGCCCAAAUUCUUUGUUUUCAUGAAAAGUUUCAACUAUUUUAUUUUUAUUUAGGUUUUGUAAAAAUUCAAUGACUCUCUGUAUGGGCUGAUCAAAGGAUGGGUCAGUUAAGUAAACAUACAGAAAAAUCCAACGGCAGUAUCAAUAAAUUUCAUUUUAGUCGCUCUACUUGAUAUCAAGUUAUUUAGUUUGAGCUAACGUAGUGCAAUUCAACAUCCCCAGACUAUGGUCAUCUCAGAUGACCAAGACGGCAAGAGUGAAGACGACCAAAAUCUGGCAAGAGAUAAAGGUAAAAAUGGAGCCACCAGUUCCAGACAAGGCGGUCUGGACAGUGCGCAGUCUCAGAAGGUAUGGGAAUAAUUUAUGGAAUAUUUGUAUAAAUUUAUUAUGGUUUUUUGAAAAGUAAUUCUGUAACACAGAGAUUAUCUAAUCAGACCUAAGAAGAAGUGUGUUACUUGUCUUUCUUGCCAGGUUAUUGUUGACAUGAGAGAGUUUAGGAGUGAACUUCCCUCACUUAUUCACCGUAGAGGUAUUGAGAUUGAACCAAUUACACUUGAGGUGAGAUUGCCUCACAAUAUAUUUACAACUUUUUAUCCCAUUGCAAUAAAUUAUAUAAAUCUGACAGGCAAAGUUCAACCACUUGUAACAUUGUCCUACCUUCAUACCUACUUUUUUUUACCUUGAUACCUACAUUGUUUUACCUGAUAACUACAAUGUCUUACCUUAUUCCUACAAUGUUUUACCUCAUACCUACAAUAUUUUACCUUAUCACUACAUUUAUGGGUUUUACAGGUUGGAGAUUACAUACUGACCCCUGAUAUUUGUGUUGAGAGAAAGAGUGUAAGUGAUCUGAUUGGGUCACUUAACAAUGGCCGUUUGUAUCAGCAAGCCUUGUCCAUGUCAAGGUUCUACAAAAAACCCAUUCUAUUAAUAGAGUUUGAUGCCAACAAGCCCUUCUCAUUACAGGUUAGCAUAAAAUAUUGGGUACGCUAGAUAAGAAAGAUAUUUAUAGAUUAAUAUGAAGUAUUUGGGCACACUAGAUAAGAAAGAUAUUUAUAGAUUUAUUAAACCCUUAGCAGUAAAAACAAUUAGGGUUUUCAAUCCCUCAGAAAUUUUUCAAAAUCUGGAUUCAGUUUUGCAAAUCUAGGAUCCAGUUUUGAUUAACCAUCCCAUUGACCAUUCCUAACCCUAUAAAUAAAAAUUAUCCUCUUACAUUGUGCUCUUUAAACCAUCAAAAUAUUAAUAUUUAAACUUAUAUGCCAAUGAAUUACAUUUAAAAAGCGUUGACUAUCGUUAAAAAAGAUUCAGAGUUUGUACUCCAUAGAUAUAUUUUUUUUACAUUUACAAUUGAAAUACAAAUCCCCUUAUCUCAACCUCAGUUAACUAGCCAACCCUAUUAAGUUGACGAUUUUGAAGUGGAACCGCCAAAUUCUCUCUUUGUCUUAGCAUUUUCUAUUGUCAAUUCUUUUUAUGUCGUCGAACCCUUAUAUCUCGAGCACAAAAGGGGCCAACUUAUGUCCAAUCGCCGGCUUUUGAACUCCGCAAGAAGAAAUGGCAAACAAAUAAACAAGUUUAAAAUAAAUUAUAUUGGGUGUUAUUUUGAAUCGCGAAAAUUACGAAAGCAACUGAAACUUUCAAUCGCCGUUAAUUUCAUGCAAAAUUUGUUAUUUUCCUGACCUACUUUGUGUAUCACGUGAUCUAGCCCUUGCCUUUUACUAAAAUAAGCACUUUGAUUGGUUCCUGUGUCAGAAUUUUGUUUUUAAUAACUACUUCAGAUUGCUUCAACAAACAAAUCGCGGCAACGAUGUUGUGUUAAAAAAAAAAAAAAAAAAAAAUUCAAAAACAUGUGCAUGUAAAUUUCACUUUUAUUGGUUCCUGUGUAAUAAUUUUGUUUAUAAUAACUACUUCAAAUAGCUAAAAAAAAAAAAUCGCGGCAACGAUUUUUUAUUAAAAAAAAAAAAAAAAAAAAAAAUUCAAAAACAUGUGCAUGUAAAUUCUCAUUUAUUAACACACAUCAUGUGCAUAAAGAAAUUUCAACCACAUGUUAAUAUAUUGCCGCCAUAUUGGUUUUCGUUUAUCUUGAUCUCUAAUGCUUUUUUGGCAAACCCUUAGGCGACAUAACCAGGUUCUACUGUAUAUUAUUGGCUUUUUUUUUAAAUACUUGAUUUGUCUUUAGUGCCAGAAUUUCAUCUUGACAAACAUGAAAAGCCAGGAAUAAUGUUUUUUUUUAUUUUGAGUAUGUCUUACUUUGUUGAUGGUUGAUUCUGUGUGACUGUCAUAUGACUAGUUGAUUCUAUGUGUGUCUAUCAUCUCAUAGGUCAAGUCAACUGUGAGUCAGGAUGUGUCCCUACAAGAUAUCACCACCAAACUGGCCAUUCUCACCAUGCAGUUCCCAAAGCUCCGACUUCUGUGGUGUCCAUCACCAUAUGCGACAGCAGAGUUGUUUGAGGAAUUAAAGGUUAGCUGUCCUAGCUGCCAGCUUGUACAGGCUGUGAUUUUAAUUUAAUUAUUAUUAGGACUGUACACUACAACCAAUUUCAUAAGAGAAUAAUUGUGAUUGUACAUGCGACCAGUUGUGUAUUUAACUAUUAUUGUAAUUGUUUUUACAGGCAGGUAGACCUCAGCCCAAUGCAGAAAUCGCUAUGACAGUCAGUGCAGCUUCUUCUGAAAUGCCAGACUGGACAGAUAAAUAUAAUCAUGGGCCGCAGGUAGUUACUUGUUUAAGCAAACAAGAAUUAAUUUUUGAAUGUACAUUUUAAAUGGGUAUAAAAAUAAGCCAUUUUUGUGUUAAGUCUACAGUGUACAUGUACGGGUCUUGAAUUAGUCCAUUUAUAUAUUGAAUUUAUCAAUACUCCCAAAUUAAUUCAUUUAUAUAUUGUAUAUUGUUAAUCCCCAAAAUAAAUUCAUUUAUAUAUUGUAUAUUGUAAAUCCACAAAAUUAAUUCAUUUAUAUAUUGUAUUCUAUCAAUGCCCCAAAUUAGUUCAUUUAUAUUUUAUGCUUAGGAUUUUGUUUUGAGGAUGCCAGGCAUCAACUCCAAAAACUUCCAUUCCAUCCUGAACAAGUUCACUAACCUGUCUGAAGUGUCCCUGGCAAGCCUUGAGGAGCUGACACAAGUCUUGGGGAGUGCCCAGCAUGCCCAGCAACUCUAUGAUUUCUUACACAAAGAUCAGAGCCCACAGCCUGAGGUCAAGGCCAGUGUCGCUGACAAAAAGUGGAAAGGCAAAGGUUUUGCUGGGAGAGGAAGAGGGAUAAAGAGAAAAAAAUGAAAAGAGUUCAUUUCUGCAUAAUUGUACAUAUUUGUUGUUUACACUUUCCCUUCUAUAUUAAUAUUAUGCCUGUUGUUUUCUCAUUGUCUGAUAAAAUAUGCCUUCUUAUAAAGUAUCUGAUAAAAAAAAUGAAUUUAAAAAUUACAUAAGAUUUAUUUAAUCCAAAAUAUAUUGUAUUUGACAAAUUAGACAUUGUGCUUUGAUUGAAGAGAGAUUGUGAUUAGAUGAAGAUAGAUUGUGAUUAGAGUGAAGAGAGAUGUGAUGGUGGCAGACUGAAAUGGAAACCAAGAGCAAAUAAAAUGAGUUAAAUUAACUUUAAAAAUGUUCACUUCAAUAAUGUGAAAUGUUCAGUGACCAUAUGAACUAUGAAUUGAGGAAAAUUUGAUGAUAAAUUUUAAGAACUAUUGUCAUGGGAACUAACAGAAAUGUUGAUUUAAAAUGUGCACUGCACAUGAGCAAUAAACAUUGAAUAUUGAUACCCAAUCUAG